AUGUCGCCAGAUACUGCAUCGUCGUCAUUUCCAAGCCGACCGAUUCGGCCAUUACCGAGACGUCGACUUCGAGAGAAGCUCUCCCCGGAGGUCGCGGAUACGAUAAAAUACCCCCCUUCAACACAUGAAACUGCUCCCCUUUUCUAUUAUCCGCCAUAUACACUUAAGGACGAGGGAAGUCUACCAAGAAUAGGCUCCACAAGUCCAACUCAACAGAGCCGAAGGACAGAAACAGGGCGCAAUUACACCCCUAGACAAAACGGCCUAGGAUUGCGUGACGGCGACGAUGAAGAAAUGGCCAUGCGAAGUACCAUGGUCACUCGUUCGCCUCCCAAGAUCCUAACCCGCGCUGCUCGACGACAUUCAAAGCCAGACCAACCUCGCACGAAUGCGCAACCGCCUCAUUCUGCAAGAUCAUCGGCGGACGGCUAUGAUUUGUUUGAGAACGCGAACAACAAAAAGAAGCGCAAGAUCCCUUCCGCAGGCGAUGCCAUACUUAACAGCACCCAAUUGUUGAACAAUGAGAUGGGAUCCAUUGCUAUUUCGACUGACGCAGGACAUUCUCCUACCAGCGAGCUGCAUAGUGAUAGAGCGUACCCGCAUUCAGGCACCAGUAGCUUCAUGACCAACAAUCAGGGAAUAUCAGGUCCUGGCCGAGGAAGGCUUGGACGCUCGAGGAACGGCAGAAGCCCACUUCGAGCCUUGCCUGAUGGCAACAGUUCUUGGACCGGACGAGCGCCAAAAUCUACUCAGCCCCAAUGGGCACCAGGUGAAAAAGAAGGAAGCGGUAUAAUUUCAAACGCCAUCGCAAAUGCUGAAAAGCUGCGACCCCAGAGCCAGGACAACGUGAGCUUACUCCAGCAACACUCGACUGUGACAAAAAGCACUCCAGCGUCGACCCAGUUCACCUUCACCUGCGAAUCCCAAGUUCCUGGGACAAUUCAGUGGCCUGGUCACGCGAAUAAGCACAGCAUGUCGACCCAGGGUGGCCCUGGCUCCUUGCCACCCGGCAGUGUUGCUCACCACGACGGUUCCUCCGUCGCCGCUAGUAGAGGCUCCGGAAGUUCUCGUCGAGAUAGCAAGCGCCGCCUUGACCGGUCACUUGACAGGGCUGCGAGGCACCGCCGUCAGGUUGCUGCAGAAACCCGACGAACAAAACCCGACAACGCAACACAUGACUGGAUGUGUGGAUUCUGCGAGUACGAAAGCAUUUUCGGCGAACCUCCUAAAGCACUGAUCCGAGCGUAUGAGAUCAAAGAUCGAAAACGUCGACAAGAAGAGGCUGAUCGCAAGCGACUUCUUGAAAAGGCCAAGGCGAAGAGCAGGAAGGGGAAAAAGAGUGGCAAGGCCUCGUCCAGGGGAGAGCAUGCUGUUACUCAGCCACCAAAUCAGGAACAAGGCAGCAAUAUUGACACGAACCAUCAUCACUCGACCCAGCCAGAAAAGGGUGAAAACUACCCCGAUUCUCCUGGAGAACGGACAGGGCCCGACAUAAAAGCCAACGGUUUAUCACCCUAG